AUGGAGGUUUCGUCUUCGACUACCAAACGCCGUGCGACAAAAAAAACAACAACCAGCAAUAGUCUUACUCAACACACAAUCUGGCUCUAUGUCCCGUCCAUGCUACUAGUGCUGUGCCGCCUCCUCCUCGCCAACGCAGCUCUGGACCUGGACACGUACUUCGCUUUGACGCUGUCUGUUCUCCUUCUCUCACGGCUCUUGUCGGUCUUCGCGCUGCGAGCCAAAACAUCGCCAUCAUCAUCAUCAUGGCACGGCGAAUCCGAGCCCGGCGUGCGAGGCGACCUGCUCAUUCUCCUGUCGGAAGAUCGCUGGAUCCGGAUGCGAGGGCUCGUCGACGAUCUCAAGGCCGUCACGUCCGGAAGCUGGCUGUCCACGCCGUCAUCGAAAUACGGUGUAACCUCCUCCUUCAGCUUCUCGACCCGGAUGGUACUGGAUAUCGUCGAGUGGACGUCGCGACUGCUCGUGUACGUUGCGUCGAUCGUUCUCGCCAACGCCCCCGAUGCGGACAAGAUGCUCAUCGUCACUUAUGCUGUACUGUCCCACGUCACCCUGGCGCUUUACAACGACAACAACAACAACAACAGUAACACUGGUGGUACCGGGAACCCCCUGAUCAUGAACGGACGCCAAGUUAAAGUGUCUGCUGGCCCAAAUAGUGUCAAACGGUACUCGCGGAGACUGGCCAUGGCGAGAGAACUGACUCGCGAAAUGGGCCGGAGUGAUUUCGCUUUGAAACUGGGCAUGAUAAACGCUGACGAGGUGGAUGACAGGGGGACGGUAAAGGAUGAGUUAGUGACCAUGUAA